AUGGCGCCCUUAGCAGAAAAGGAGGUAGCGAAAAUAGACAAUCAGACUGAGCAAAAAGAACAGACACAUCAAAAUGAUUCAGUGAAACGUGAAGAGAAGGCACAAAAGAUGAAAGAACGUCUUUUAAAUGCUCAAGCUCGAGGAGUAGAAGAGAGAAAAGCAGCGAAUGCAAGCGCUGAUAUGAGCCCGGAGCUGAAACAAGAAAUGGAGAAAUUCUUUGUGUGGACUCCCCCUCCUCCACCAGAAACUAUGGGUGAAAAAUUGAAAAGGAAGGUUAAGCAGAAUCCCAUCGUUCCUAUAGGUUAGUGUUGUUCCGUCAAAAAUGAGAUGCUGAUACCAAUAAACGAUGCCAGGAAUCAAACGAUUAUUACAUAACAUAAAUGUUGGGCCAUUCCUCUGACCACAAAUACUUCAGGGAGUUUGCAAAUUAGGGGACGUUACAUUUUUGAUCCGCCCCUUCCCCACUAAAGAUGGCUGCUGGAAUCCGAAAUGUUAAAUUUGUGUCAGCGCCCUUUGAAAAAUGAAAACUGAAGGGUCUAAGUUUUGUCGGCUUCUUUGAAGAAAAAAUCUGAACCCCUUAUUCUAAAUCCUACCAUCCUUGGAGGGGGGAGGGGGUACAGUUAAAGUAUGACCUGUUUUCUUUGAGGAUAAAAGUCAACUUACCUCAUCAAUAAAUGGGGGAUAUUAAGUGGAAUGCUUCUUCAUAUGAAGAAAUUUCCAUGGAAAGUUCACUCGAUAAAGAGAAACUUCAGUAUAGCCAGCCACUUGUUGGAAAAAUUGGUACUUUUGUUAUUCAACAAGAUGUAAAUAAGGUGUGGGUAUUUUGCAGUUUAGCCUGUAUUAAAUUAAAUCGAUAUUCACUAAGGCAGUUGAAACAGAAGACAGGACUAAGGAGAAUCAGUCCUGUUACUUGUUUCAGGUGAUAGAGAGGGGGACCAUGGGAUACUCUCUGAUAUUAGCUGUAAAGGUAAUGUGCAGUGUCAAAGAGUAUGGCUUUGGACUUCUUUCUCUCUGAGAUUGGGUAUACGUAGGGUAAGGCUUAGGGCCUUCUGGUACCAGGACCUAGAAUUAUGUAUGUAUUACACGCAUCUCUAGACUAGCCACAAGUCGACUCCGUGAGUACUAACGGCACGAGGGAUACGAAGCAAACAAAAGCGAGCGAUGUAAGUGACCACCUAACCAUCCCAUGAGAGCUGAGAUUCAUGUCGAAAACAGGGAAGGGAAAAAUCACAUAUUUGGGUCUGAAAUAGGGCUAGGGUUUCAGGAAACACGUUGCACAUUACCCACUUAAUUUUUCAGGAGUAACCAUUACCCCAUGCCCCCUCCCUACUUUAAGACUAUACAUCCUGGUUUUGUCUGCCAAUUUCCUAGCAAGAAAACAGCAACAAACAAGUCUACAACAAAGAGCUUUCUUGUCCUCUCACCUGAGCUAUAUCCAAUGAGGUUGAAAGAUAUUUGUGUGACAAAGAUGGCACCUUCCCAUACUUUUGGUCCUGGGCUCCAGUCCCUGUAGAGUGAUUUUACUUUUUUUGUUUUCCAAUGAAAGGUUUUUAAAGAUAUUUUUACGUAAUUUUUAAAAACAGUUGGUUCAUUAUAUCGAUGUAUAGUUGGUAAUUAAUGUACAAAACCCAGCAAUCCCAGAUCUGAACAAUUACUGUAAUACCUGGUGUACAUAGCUGUGCAUAGCUAUGGUACUAGAAACUCAAGAAGAGGAAACAAACUGCUAAAAAACUCAGGGGCAACCAACGAGAAUAUAGUUCAAAAGCACUUAAACAUAGCAUUGUUAAACUUAUUUUAGUAUUUAAACGGUAGAUAAAGGCAUAUUUUUAUCCCCUUAAAUUUUUCAUCUGUUCGGAUUUCCUAGCUGAAAGUCUAGUGAUCCGAAUAUUAUAGGGAUCAAAACUUACCUUUUCGAAAAAGCCAGAAAAAAGGCUACUAGGUGACCUUUUAAAAAAUUUUAUACCACUUUUUGAUGUUCUGUUUUUUACAACAAAUGUUCAAAAAUUCUAGAUCUUUCAUUUUUCUUUUACUGUACACAUUAAUUUUACCCUUGUUGGUCUGUUUGGCUUUCAUCUUUUAUCACAUGUUGACAUUUAUUCAUUAUAUUGAGGCAUAUUUUUAUGAUUGUCCUUCUGGAUUGUGUUUGUUAUAACGAGGAUUUCGAUUUCGAGGUACUGUUCGAUACAUUUUACUGUAGUUUUGGCCAGGCUGAAAAAAAUCAUUAGUUAUUUACCAAGGACUUCGUUGUAUAGAGGUUCGUUAAAUCGAGUUUCCACUGUAUUUCCUACAGUUGGCCCUUUCCCCUGAGCUUCACAAGGUUCUACAAGAAAUAUUCCAGUUGUGCUGUACUAUGCAGCCCCAGAAAAUAUCCAUGCUUCCUCCACCAAAGUGAUUGGAAACUCUAAGGUGGAGUGAGGUCUCAAAGAUUCAUAUUCAUUUAAAGCAAUAUGAAGAGAUUAACUCAAAAACUGGAAUCUCUGCAAGGGAGGAAGGAGGUCAUAGAACAAAUCCUUUUCAUUGAGGGGGGGAGUGGAUAUUGUCUGGAACCAUAUAUCAGUAAGAAGUGAUAAUUACACCAUUUUACGAUGCAGUUUCUGUCUUGUAGUUUUAAUCAGUAUUGUGUUUCUUCCAAACAGGUGCACUGGCCACUGUUGGAGCAUUGACAUAUGGUCUUUUUUCAUUCAUACGAGGUGAUACAAAGAUGCAACAGUACAUGAUGAGAGCGAGAGUUGCAGCCCAAGGAGGCACAAUUGUUGCUGUUGCCGCUGGUGUUGCAUUCAUGCUUUUUCGUGACAGUCAAAACAAGAAGUCUUAA